GUGUGUUCCGUCAGUCGGGUCGUGUUAUGUUUACAUAAGAGGAGCGGGAGAGCUUGGAUUGGAGGAGGCUGGGUGACAGAGGUGACUGGUAGAUGAGGGGCCUUUUAAUGUAUAAAAAUGCCUCUUGGACUGAAGCCAACAUGCACUAUGUGCAAAACCAACUCCUCUUCCAUGUGGAAGAAAGGAAAUCAGGGGGAAAUCCUAUGCAAUAACUGCACUGGCAAGGCCACUGGUGGGGGCAGCAAUUACACUGGUGCAAGCAGCUCCAAUACUUCUCAGAGCGGAACUAGCUUUGCCAGUGCCUCAACCUCCCAACAGAGUAAUGGGGGCAGCACUAAGCAGUCCAAGCAGGAAAUCCACAGAAGAUCUGCCCGUCUGAGGAAUACAAAGUAUAAGUCGGCUCCAGCUGUAGAAAAGAAGGUUUCCACCAAAGGCAAAGGAAGGCGACAUAUUUUUAAGCUGAAAAAUCCUAUUAAGGCACCGGAAUCAGUGUCCACCAUAGUGACCUCAGAAUCCUUAUUCCAUAAGGGGCUGUACUAUCAGAUCGGCGACGUGGUGUCUGUCAUUGACGAGGAAGAUGGACAAAUGUACUAUGCUCAGAUCCGAGGCUUCAUUCAGGACCAGUACUGUGAGAAGAGUGCGGCUCUGACUUGGCUCAUCCCUACCCUUGCCAGUCCCAAAGAUCACUUCGAUCCAGCUACUUACAUCAUAGGACCGGAUGAAGACCUCCCGCGCAAAAUGGAUUGUUUAGACUUUGUCUGUCAUGCCCCCUCUGAGUACUUCAAAUCUCGCUCGUCGCCGUUCCCUACUCUCCCCUCCCGCCCUGAGAGAGGCUUUAUUUGGACUCGCAUUGGCCCUACACCCGCAAUCACAAUCAAGGACACGGACGGCAAUCAUCUAUAAUCAAAUAUCCAUAUUUGGGAACUUUAUAAGAAACUUUCUGAAUGAUUAUGAUGACGG